UCUAGUUUAUGAAAAAGUUCUGAAAAAAAUGGCACCGAAAAGGUACAAUGGAUUUAUGAUGUUUGUCAGUGAAUGGAAGGAAAAGAAUCCGGCGGGUCGCACUAUGACCCUUGCAGAAGCAGUAACCAAAUGCGGCGAAAUAUGGAAAAAUAUGGAUGCGCAACAACGCGGACCGUACAUUAGUAUGGCCAAAGAUGCUGGCGUGGCAAAGAAGUGCACGAAGAGCCGCCUCAACUGCCAUGGUCAGUCCCUAUCCGCGCUGGAGCGCGAGGAAGCGGAGGCGGCUGAGCGUGAGUUGAACAUGAAGCGCGCUACGGAGCGCAUAGUGCUGGCUGGCAAGGAGCGUCAUGAUCUGGAAAACACCAAAUUUAUUUUUGCUGCAUUUAAUUACUUUACGAAGUCAAUCACAAAUGAUAUUUAUAUUCCGGCCGAGUUUUCGGCUUGUCAGUUCUCGUUGAAGUCCGGCAUUUGCUCGAUGUACAGCUCGCACAUCGAUCCGGGUCAGCUGAUUUUUGGCCAGGGCAGCGAUACAAUGCACCACACAAAUAAUACGCAUCAGUUGCCGUUGCCGCCGAAUGCUAUGGGAGAGUCGGACAUAGGCAGACUCUAUGCGAACAUCGUGGAGUACUUGCGCACUUGCAACCCGGAUGCCAAGCCCAAUGAUCCUCUCGUGGUCUUUGCCACCCCAGAAAUGAUACCCACAGUCAAGGGCUGCUUCCGCUACCUGGAGAGCGACAGCGAGGAACCGCUGGCUACGAUCCACACUUACGACAUACAGUAUCUGCUGUACGUGCUCAAGCUGGAGGUCAUGGACAGCGUGGAUAUUCGGAACGUUACUGUAAAUAGGGCCGCCACUGACAAUCUCUUUGUAAAUGACUACUUCUGUUACCACCUCGGAAUUUCGUGUCAGUAUCAUGAGGACAUCGACCGCUGCAAGUACUGUACCCAAUCUAUGGUAAGCCGUUGGAGUUAUGUAUUCAGCGACUUUCUGUGUGGGGACCUAGCGAUCACUCCUUUGCCUGGCAAACACAUGCCACCCAAGCAGCAGCCGAGAUUCCAUGUGUCUAAUCCGCAUAAUGAGAGCGCCAACUCGUCCAGGACAGCCAGCAACUUCUCAAAGACAACUAACAAGUCCAGCGGGAAAGUCUCCAACGCUACAUUUACCUCGGGUCAGUCCCUUGUAAAGCACGAGAUCUUCGAUCACUCGGCCUUCUCUGCCGAUUUGAAUGCACCUGAAGAUUUUCCUAGCCUUGGGGGCCGCAAAUCCAAACCGAAUCGCAAUCCCAUGGGCAAACAUCUAGCUCCAGGUGACCCAAGACGCGCUUGGAAUGUUCCAGCCUCAAAUUGUAGUGCCAAAGACUUGGAAGACUCGUUUAAAAUGCCGCCUUGUUAAUGUUAGAAUUUUAGACUAAAGCAUUCCUAAAACUGAAUAAGAAA